UCGUCGUCGUCGAUUUCGUCCGCCCUCUGCGACAGGCUCAACGAAGAAAACGCCACCAGCGAUUACUGCGUCUGGUAUCUUCGGGUGAUCACAUCGGUCUACCUCAAGUCGGAUCCGAACCGAUUCGUCCACUUCCUGGACGAUCCAUCGUACACGGAUGUAGCCACGUAUUGCACGAGAGAGAUCGAGCCCAUGGGGAGAGAGUGCACCAUGGUCGGUGUGCUGGCGCUGGCAGAGGCCUUUCGCAUCCGSGUUGACGUCGAGUACAUGGACGGCAGACCUCUGGGCAAUGGCGGGAAGCUCACCAAGCAUACGUUUGGCGUGAAUGCGAACGACGGCAGCAGCCUCGAUGGCGUAAAUUUGGGUUUGUUGUGCAUAACGUUGCUGUAUCGGCCGGGGCAUUACGACAUCCUCUACAAGUAGGAGUAGGUUUGGUAGACCAACAAAUUUUCCAAACAAAACGAUGCACACUGCGGGCGUAGCCCAACAAAGCAUUUCGUGCGUUGAUGUUGUUGCUAUUCAUUCACUGAACGAUACAGUAGAUUAUUGUUUCGGAUCUUUGCUUGCUACAAUCCUACUCAUUUGUUACUACAAAUAGUUACGCAAGGAUUGUUGCAGGAUAAAUCGGUGCUGACUAAGCCCUAAAUGUUGCGUCGAACACCCGACAAUGUGGCUUGUGCCUGCAUUACCACAUUCAUGCCGCGCUGUAAGAUGCCAUGGAUUCCAAAGGAAGAACGAACAAAACAUUUUCUUCAAUAAAUCGCAGUGUACGAU